AUGGCCGCAGAGUCAAGUCGCAUCGAACAUGACGCCGAGAAGGCACCCAUCGAAGCCUCACGAAUCGAAAGAGUCCUGACAUCAGAUGAACUUCAAAAGGAUGCACAGGACUACAAUCGCAUCGAUGCCGAAGUAGCAAAAUACACCGACUCCUCCCAAACCCCCAUCUCCCCCUCCGAGAACCACCGUCUCAAACGUCUAAUCGACAAACGAGUCCUAGGAAUCAUGGUAGCAACCUACUUCCUCCAAGCCCUCGACAAAGGAACCCUAUCCUUCACCUCCAUAAUGGGAAUCCGAGACGACUUGAACCUCCAAGGUCCCCAAUACUCCUGGUUAACAACAUGCAUAUACAUAGCGAUUUUAUGCGUGGAAUACCCGAUAAAUUGGUUGAUUCAACGGGUGCCGAUUGGUAAGUUUCUGGGAGUUUGUAUUAUGAUUUGGGGAAGUAUUCUCGCUUUUCAUGCUGCUUCGAGGAAUUUCGCGGGGAUUGUUACGUUGAGGACUUUGUUGGGCAUCUUUGAGGCUGUUUGUCAGCCUACUUUUUUGAUUAUGAGCUCCAUGUGGUAUAAGAGAGAAGAACAGGCUCUCGUGGUUAGUAUGUGGUACUGUAUGAACGGGAUGCAACAAAUUGUAGGCGGUCUACUCGCUUACUGCUUCUCCUUAAUUCCAAGGAACGACACUCUACACUCCUGGCAAGCAAUCUUCAUCGCAUAUGGAGUGCUAUCAGUCCUAUGGGGCGUGUUUGUCAUUUGGUUCUUACCAGAUAGUCCCAUGCGUGCCAAAUGCUUCACCGAAGAAGACAAGCACUUGAUGGUUGAGCGAGUUCGUUCCAACCAGACAGGACUGCAKAACAAAAAGUUUCGAUUCGAGCAGAUGAAAGAAGCCCUCACAGACAUUCAAGUCUGGUGCUACUGCUUAAUCGCCUUCUGCACAACCUUACCAACAAGUGGCUUAGGUGCUUUUGCAAAUAUCAUCAUCACAGGCUUGGGCUUCACCGUCUUGGAAACCCAACUCCUCGCCAUGGUUCUCGGAGCAUUCAUAAUCAUAAUCCUCUUCAGUUCCGCCUGGCUCGCGAAGAAAACGCAACAAAACGUCCUCGUAAUGGCCAUGUUCUGCAUCCCCUCUUUCAUCGGUACAAUCGUCCUAAUGACAGUCCAAAACACCUCGACAGCAACCUCCGCAGGCCUGCUCUUCUCUUACUACAUAGUCCUCUCAUUCUGGGCAGCACAGAGUCUGGGGAUGAGCAUGUUGAGUCGAAAUGUAGCAGGCCAAACGAAGAAAUCCGUCGCAGUAACCAUGAAUUUCAUCUCCUGGGCCACAGGAAACGCCAUCGGACCCCAAGUAUUCCUCUGGUGGGACGGGCCUCGCUAUCUCAUCGCCUUCUCCACACAUUUGGGUUGCUAUACACUUUUGAUUCUGAAUUUGGUGGUUUUGAGGUGGUAUCUUCGGAGGGAGAAUCGGAAACGGGAUGCGGUGGGGUUGGUGAGGGAGGGGAUGGUGCAUGCUUUUGAGGAUUUGAGUGAUAGGGAGAAUAAGGAGUUUAGGUAUGUUGUUUGA